ACCGCUAUGUCUUUGACUGUUUCAUCAGUGCAUUCCGGACUACGCAUUACGAACGCCAACCCCUUUUUUCUGCCAUCAAAAAGGAAUACGAAAAUACCUUAGCACUUCAACGGGAGCGGGCUCAGAUUGGGGCGAGAAGAGAAAAGAAGAGAAAAGAGAAAAGCAACAGCUUCAGAGGGGUCAUUGAGGCCAUGGAGGAAAGAAAGAAGACCAUGCCGACAGUGGUGGACCAUUUGCAGUCAGGGCUGUCCAGCUGUUAUCUGGAGUACCAGGACGCUUCCAGGUUGCUGAUUCAGCGUCUCAGUGAACUGGGGGGAAACUCUGUGACGACAGAACGCCCUGCAGAUGAAAAUACAGAAGGUUUCAAAAACCCUGUAGGACUGCAGCUGGCCCCCAAGGUGUGUCGGGAAGAAUUGAAAAAAACCCAGGAGGAGCUCAUCAGCAUUAAAGCAGACUACAGGGUUCUACAAUGCAGCUUGGAAACCUUGAACCAAAACCACGAGCAGACUCUGCUGCAGCUGAAGACACUGCAGGGGGACGUUGAGCAGCUGGAAAGUGACUAUGACACCCUGCUGCAGUCCCACAAAAGAAACGGUGUGAAGACCAAGACAUAUGUCUCCACUGCUGUGCAGGUGGACCUUUUGCAGUCAGGGCUGUCCAGCUGUUAUCUGGAGUACCGGGACGCUUCCAGGUUGCUGAUUCAGCGUCUCAGUGAACUGGGGGGAAACUCUGUGACGACAGAACGCCCUGCAGAUGAAAAUACAGGGAGGCCCUGAAGACACCAAAGCCAGAUGAAGGGGUGGCUCAACAUGUGGCUGAGGUUGAAACUGAAGUAGGUGGCAGUAGUGACGGCCUCCUAUCUGAGACUCCACCGUAAAGCAGCUGGAGUCUCAAAUCCGAAAUGUGAUGCACAUAUUACCUUUAGCCACUUUGAAGUCCUUGGUCUCCCAGUUGGAGAAGAUGUUGAGUUCUGGUCAGGACUGUGGGCUUCAUAGCGACUACAAAAUGUGGAUUCCAUUUUUUACGUACUCUUGACAGAUUAAAAUCCUAUACCACACCUGCAAACUCUACUUUCUCAACCAGUACAAAUGUGAGGCUUCAUCAUUUAUUUUAAUCCGAGAAAAUUAAGAGGUAUGUAAUAGAUUUAUUGAUGGGAAUUAAUUUAAUCAGAUAUUACUGACUGUUACUACACUGUACUAUCAUGUUACAAGUGGAUGGUCGCGCAGUAGUAAUGCAGAAAAAUAUGCAACUGAAAGGUUUUUAAGUGCCAGAAAAAAAAGUAAGCUUUGCCAAAUUAGUUAAACAGUUUUCCUGUGUUGAUGCUGUCUAGAAUUACCACAGGAAUGGAUGGGUUAUAGCUAAUUAUUAUACCAUCUAGUUUCCAAAUAACAUGCCAAAUUAAUGUAAAUAUAAAGUGAUGAUUCAAAUAUUUUUGUCAUGGUUUAUAGGUUUUUCAUUUGACUUGUUUUAGUGUUUAUUUUCCUCUUUUGGAAUUCCUUAUUCUGUUAUUUAGUUACUUUGCACCUUUUUCAUUUUGAAAUGUGUUCACAUUCUGCAGCAUACAUCUACUUGAUUUUUUUAGGGUUUCUCUGGCGUGCAUUUUGUGUCAUUUUGCUUCCACACCAGAACAGUUUGACUUAAGAUAAAUGAGAAGUAUAAAAAAGAUAUGUUUUAAACUUUUUUACUGUGUUUUUGUGACUUGUUAAUUAUAAAAGUAAAAUGCAGGAGAAAAUAAUACAUUUCGCCAGAAAAGCCUCUCCUGGAUAUUAGAUUAUAAUUAAUUGUAGACUAUUCUAGAUUUUGAACAAUACAACCCCCAAGAAAAUGGGGGUUAAAU